AACUGGUUUGGAGAAGUAAAAGCAGUGAGAGAGUGAGAUAAAAGCCUCUCGUCAAGAUCUCGCAGCUUUUGUAAAGAGCAAAAAAAAAAAAAAAGAAGAAAACGGACGACUGUGCUUUUACUCUCAAACACGCUUGCUCAAGAUUCCUUCUGGAUUCAUUGAAUCGCAAGCUUUUCAUCCAUUUAUUACGACAAACUGUUUUAUUCAUAGAUUUGAAGCUUGAAGCCUAAAAUGCGCGUUUAAGGUAGUGUUUGGUGCUUAAUUUUGGCUGAUAAUGGCGGGAGAGAUUGAUGAAUCGUAUAGCUUUAGCUUUCAGCAGGCAGAUUCUCUACACUCUGGUUCUAUAUCAUUUGGAAGGUUUGAAAAUGAACCCUUAUCUUGGGAGAGGAGAUCAUCUUUCUCACACAACAAGUACCUUGAAGAGGUUGAGAAAUGCUCAAAACCGGGUUCAGUUAUUGAGAAGAAAGCUUAUUUUGAAGCUCAUUUCAGGAAGAAGGGUCUUCUUUGUCCAAAUUCAUCUGAUUGCCAUAAUGAUGGAGAAUAUCAAACUGGUGAAAAGGAUGUCUUGGAGAGCAGAGAACAAUUUGAGCAUGUAAAUGAAGGUAGCCACUAUGCUCUCUUUGAUGAGAGCCCUAAUGGUUCUGAGUAUCAUGGAGAGUACGAAGUGACAGGAUGUGAAAUGAAAAAUCCAGGCUUUUCAUUCUCUGUCCCUCAGAUGGAAUCUGCUUUGAAUAAUGCUGAUGUUUUGGUAGAUUAUGUUAAUGCUGAGGAAACACGUCAAGUUGAAAUUGACUGUGACAAAUUUCUCUCAGUUAAUGAUGGACCUGAGAUAACAAUAGAUCACAGUCCUAAUGGUGAUGCUGUAAAGGCUGAUAAAUCAUAUAAAUCCAUAGCUAAUUUCGAACCAGGGAUUGAAGAAAAUCAGAACUUUGAUUGUGAUACAGUAAAUGCUGAAAAAUCAUCAAAAGGCACUGAUCCAUCCCCCAAGACUGGACCAGCUGUGACAGUUGACAUAACUAGCUUGGAGCAUUCACCAAAUCCUUCUCCAAAGUUGAGGGCUGCAACGGAAACCAAACCUUCGAAGCCCAGAGUGAAGUCUCAGGCCAAUGUUGUCCGUGUCAAGAGAGACAUUUCUGGUGCUUCAUCUAAAGAUCCUCCAAAGAAACCAAGUAGAAAGGAAAGGGAGAAUUCACUAGGAAAUAAUUUAGAAAAGAAUUCAGCAAGAGUUGAUGUUCAAACUACACAUGCUGUACACAGAACUCCAAUCUUAGAGGAUUCUAGAAGUCGGAAGGCAAAAUUAAUUCAUGACAAUAAAAGUGGUGAAAAAGAAUCAAGGAGAAAGAAAGUCGGUGAAUCCCAGUCCUCUUCAACAAAGACUGAACCAAGUGGACAUCAAAGAGGAAACAGGCUUGAUCAUACUGUGAAUUCAACAAAGGCAGAUGCAAAACUAGGUGCUGCAGUUUUCAGUUUCAAAAGCGACGAACGAGCGGAAAGGAGGAAAGAGUUCUAUAUGAAGCUGGAGAAAAAAAUGCAUGCCAAGGAGGCUGAGAUUAAUCAGAUCCAAGCAAAAACACAGGAAAAGACAGAAGCUGAGAUAAAACAAUUCCGGAGAAGCCUAAACUUCAAAGCAAUGCCUAUGCCUUCUUUCUAUCAUGUAGCUGUAUCUCCAGGGUCUGAUGGGAAGAAGGCUGUAUUAAGUAACAACAAAUGUAAUAAAGCACAAACUAAGUCAACAAGUCCAGGUAGUAGAGCUGCUGCCGGAUCAAAAUCGUGUUCUAAGGCAGGAAAUGACCAAGCCCUCUAUACCAGUGAAUCUGUAAACACAACUGAACCACUUGAUGCCUCAAAUGAGACCAACUGCCCUACAGCUGAGCACUCUGAAGGCAGUGCAAUCUCUCAGACUCCAUCUACCAACCGAAGCUACUUCCCAGAAGCUACAGCUGGAAAUGAGGUUGUCGGGAGGAAGGAACGAGAGAAGGAGAAGGAUACUGGUUUGCAUAAAGGUUGUGUAUCAGAAAGUCAUAAGGUGACAAAAGGCCAAAGGAUUGAGGGGAAGCAGAGAGUGGGAGCCCAGACAAGUAGCAAUGAGUUGGCAAGAAAGGACAUGAAACACGUUGGCAUUGGCAGCAGAUCUCGAAUGGGCAAUCUAGCAGUUGGUGUUGCCUCUUGAACACAGAUGCCCUUUCUCCCCACAUGUUCGCCGCUGCGCCAAGCUACCGUGACAUAUUUAUGAAACCACAUGUUUGCCACCAUGUGAAGUGAAUAAAAAGCACGAUUUGACCGUAAGCUACCAGGUUAGAGGCAGGAUGUGCUUCUCUCCAUUAUCCAUAGCACAGAUACGGAAAAUCAUGAAAAAUGGAUGUUGAGGUUAGCAUUUUCUCUUCAUCGUCAUGUUAUUUCAAAUUUUCACUUAUGCAAAGUGUAAUGUAACAUAGAGCUGGAAUAGAUAAUAAUGUUGGAAUUGUUUGAGGGAUAUGAUAAAAUCACAAGACCCUCUUGCCACCAUAUGUGAGGAAUAGCAAUACGAAUUGUUAGUUUAUUGAAAGAAUUAUCAGGUAAUAAUAGCACAUGUUCGUAUUUA